UCACAUAACCUUAAAACGUCAAACGCAUGUUGAUCGUUUUAAAAUGGGUAAAAGAGGCUUUAAUUGGAAAGCUAGGCAAGUUGUUGAAGCUGAAAUCGAUAAUAACCCAACUAAGAAGAUUAAAUUAGAAAUUGAAUCGAAAGGAAACUACGACGAAAGCAACGAAUUAGUUCUCCCUUCAAUAAAAAGAACCACGAAAAUAAAGAAUAAAAAAGAACAACACGUAAAAAUUCUAAGUAAAAAGCAAAGAAAACGAUUGGAGAAGAUCGUCGAAAGAAAAGAAAAGAAAAAACAGCGUACCGAGCUUUUAGAUGAAUUAAUAAAAAUCCAAGCGAAACAAGAAGACUUAAAUCAACUCGUUUCGUUAUCGACAAUUCAAACUAAAGGAAUUAAGAAACAUUUCAUUGAAAGUAAACGCCCAAAAAGCGAUAAUAAAAUCGAAAAUAACUUUAAAAUCAACAGUAUAAAAGGGAGUCGAAAAAAAUUGUUGAAUUACGAAGAUAAUAAGCCUUUGUACGAUAAAAAUAACCCUAAUAUCGUUGGAUUAGACUCGGAGUCAAGUGAAUCGGAGAAUGAUUCAAAUUUAGAGUUAAAUGAAAAUGUGGAAGAUGAUGAAAUAAAAUUAGAUGAUGAUAAAAAUGAUGAUUUUAAAGAAAAGGAGAAAGAUAAAACCGAAAUGAAACGAAAAAAUGUUGAAAUUAAUUUAGAUAAGGUGGAGAAGAAACCUGCAAUUUUUGUUGAUGUUGUUCGUGAUGAAAAAAUUCAAGAAGCAAGGUUAAAAUUACCCAUUUUAGCGGAAGAACAAGUUAUUAUGGAGACGAUUAACGAAAAUUCCAUUAUUAUAAUAGCUGGAGAAACCGGUAGUGGUAAAACAACGCAAGUUCCCCAAUUUCUUUACGAAGCCGGUUACGCCUCAACCAAAACGAUUGCAAUAACGGAGCCUCGCCGAAUUGCAGCGAUUUCGAUGUCAAAACGAGUCGCAAAAGAACUCAGUUUAUCCGAAGACAUAGUUUCGUAUUUAAUCCGAUUCGAAGGAAACGUCACCGAUAAAACGAAAAUUAAAUUUAUGACCGACGGCGUUUUAUUGCGAGAAAUCAAAGAAGAUUUUUUAUUAACAAAGUACUCGGUUAUUAUUUUAGACGAAGCCCACGAACGAUCGGUUCACACGGAUAUAUUAAUCGGAUUUUUGAGCCGAAUCGUACCUUUACGAAAUAAACGAGGAGAUUUUUUAAAAUUGAUCAUCAUGUCGGCUACUUUACGAUUAAAAGAUUUUACGGAAAAUCCGAGAUUAUUUAAGAUAUCUCCUCCGGUUAUUAAUGUUGAAGCUCGGCAAUUUCCGGUUACCGUUCAUUUUAAUCGGAGAACUAACGAUGAUUAUUUAAAGGAGAGUUUGAGGAAAGUUGCGAAAAUCCACGGGGAAUUACCGGAAGGGGGGAUUUUGGUUUUUUUGACUGGGCGAAGAGAGGUUACGGCUUUGGUGGGGAAAUUAAAAAAGAUGUUUCCGGUUAAAAAUAAAAAUUUGAAGCUUAAAGGGGAAAGAAAUUUAAAAAAGAAGGUUAAAAUUGUGCCAAAAAUUGAUUUGGACGAUUUUGAUGUUAUAAAUGAUGAAGAUGUGGGGUUAAGCGACGAAGAAUUUGAUUUAGAUGAUUCGGAAAUUGUUAAAACGGGUGAUCCUUUAUGGGUUUUACCCCUUUAUUCGCAAUUAAACGCCGAUAAACAACUCGAAGUGUUUAAAAAUCCCCCAGAAGGGUGUCGAUUAUGCGUCAUUUCAACGAAUAUAUCCGAAACUAGCUUAACAAUACCUAAUAUUAAAUAUGUCGUUGAUUCGGGGAAGACCAAAAUUAAGCUUUACGAUAAAAUAACGGGAACUUCGCGGUUUUUGGUGACUUGGACGAGUAAAGCUUCGGCUAAUCAACGCGCGGGGAGAGCGGGGAGAACUUCCCCCGGACAUUGUUACCGAUUAUACUCAAGCGCGGUUUUUAAUGAUGUUUUUAAAGACUUUGAGAGGCCCGAAAUACAAGAAAAACCCGCCGAUGACUUGUAUUUAUACAUGAAAUGUAUGGGGAUCGACAAAAUAAUCAAUUUCCCGUUCCCCACAGCCCCCGAUUUGAUGCAAUUAAAAUCAGCCGAGCGGACAUUAGAAAUUUUAGGCUUAAUCGACAACAAAAGAAUCACCGAAUUAGGAAAAGUCGUCUCAAAAUACCCCGUUUUACCCCGAUUCGGAAAAAUGCUAGCUUUAAGCAACCAAUUCGAUUUAUUACCAUACACAAUCCUAUUAAUCUCCGCAUUAAGCGUCCAAGAACUAUUCAAAAACGACUCAAUCACAACAUACAACAAAAUGGCAAAAAAUCACCUAAAAACAGGAAACUUUUAUUUACUCGGCGACCUAAUGAUCCUAUUAACAACGAUAGGUGGAGCUGAAAUCGCAAAUUUACAAGGAAAAUUAACCAAAUUUUGCUCAACCUUUAAUUUACGCGAAAAAGCAAUAAAAGAAAUCAGAAAAAUCCGUUUACAAUUAACGAAAGAGAUCAAUUUAAAUCACUCCGAUUUAAAUUUAAAUUUGACAGUUGAUCCGAAUUUAACCCCACCUAGCGAUUUGCAAGCGAAGUUAUUGCGUCAAAUCGUUUUAUCGGGAAUGGGGGAUAAAAUUGCGCAAAAAAUCGAAAUUAAUAACAACCUCCCUAACGAUCAAAAGAAAUUAUUAAAAAACGCGUAUCGAACUGAAUUUUUAGAAGAACCAGUUUUUUUAUCGAAAAAAUCGAUUUUUAAACCACCUCUACCCGAAUUUAUCACAUUUCAAGAACUCUACGAAACCGAUUCGAACGAAAAGAUUUAUUUAAGAACGGUUUCUUCGAUUGAACCCGAAUGGUUGGUGAGUUUUGUGCCGAAAUUAUGUAAUUUGAGUGAGCCUUUAAAUGAUCCCGAGCCGAGUUAUGAUGAGAAAAGUGGAAAAAUUCGGUGUAAAGUUACUGGGACUUUUGGAAAAGGAGGAUUUGUGCUUCCCGGGGUGAUUGAAAUCGAUUUUCCCGAUUCUUCGCAAAUUUAUAAAUGGUUUGGACGGUAUUUUUUGGAAGGAUUGGUUUGUGGGAGAUUGAAAAAGUUUUCGCGGAGUUUGUUAAAUCCGAGUUAUACGGUGGUUAAACCGUGGGCUAAAUUGCAACCGAAAGUGGUGAGGUUGGUGCAGAAAUUAGCGGGGGAUAAAGUCGAUUGCAAAUUAAAAUUGGAACAAGAAUUUAAAAGGAAUAAAAAUUAUCUUUUAGAAGAAUAUUUAAUGUGGUUACCACAAAGUUUACAUGGACAAGUUACUUUAUUAUGGCCCCCACUUUAAUUUAGAUUAAUAAAAAUGUUUUUAUAAA